CCGACGGGGCGUCAAGCGUCAAGGAUAUUUCCUAAAUAGGAAAGCAAGCGCUUUGACCACCCGCCCUUGCCGCCGCGCAUGCAACUUGACUCAGAGGCUCUGCAUACGAGAUCCGUCGUUUACAUCUACCUUUAUCAAUCAGACCAAUACUGUGCUAUGAAGGCGCGGAAGGAAGGCGCUCGCAAGUUGAUUUUCUGCCCCGAUAUUGAAGAGGAAAGUCUUUCUCAUGGCGGAGGCGAGUCUCGUGGUAAUCGGGGCGGGAGUGGCAGGCCUGACAACAGCACUGCUGCUCUCGAGACAUCCGCGCUAUAGAAUCUAUGUUGUCGCGAAACACAUGCCCGGAGACUACGACAUCGAGUAUGCGUCGCCAUGGGCGGGAGCAAACUACAUGCCGGUGUCAAAUCGCGGAACUCGAGCUGCUGAAUGGGAUAAGAACACCUGGGCUCCGUUAGAUAACCUUGCGCGACAUCACCCAGAGGCCGGUGUCCAUUUCCAAGAGUGUCAGAUACACAAUCGAUCCAAGGACGUUGGCUCUGCGACGGCAGAGUGGUUUUCCGAACUCCUUUCUCCGAGCCCAUGGUUCAAAGAUGUCGUUCCGGACUUUCGAAAUCUGGACAAGCAAUCUCUGCCCGAGGGCAUUGACUCGGCAACAUCGUUCACAUCUGUUUGCAUCAAUACAGCACUAUAUCUGCCGUGGCUGGCAUCGCAAUGCUUGAAGAAUGGCGUUGUGUUCAAGAGGGGUACUUUCAAGCACAUCUCUGAAGCAGCCCGCUUCACCAAUCGCUCGCAAAAGGUCGAUCUCAUUGUGAACUGCACCGGCCUGGGAGCAGCAAAGCUCGGAGGGGUAGAAGAUGCUGCCGUCGUUCCGGCACGUGGUCAAAUCGUCGUCGUGCGAAACGAUGCAGGCAAGAUGAUUGAUAUCUCAGGCACAGACGACGGCGACGACGAGGCUUGCUACGUCAUGACCAGGGCCGCCGGCGGUGGGACGGUUCUCGGUGGCUCUUACCAGAAAGGCAACUGGGAGUCGCAGGUCGAUCCCAACCUUGCAAUUCGAAUUAUGAAGAGAGCGGUUGCCGUAUGUCCAGCCUUGACGGACGGACAGGGCAUUGAGAAGUUGGAUGUUGUGCGACAUGGGGUGGGCUUGCGACCUGUGAGGGAAGGCGGUGCAAGAGUUGAAAAGGAGAGGAUCGAUGGGGUUUGGGUGGUGCACAACUAUGGUCAUGGCGGAGCAGGAUAUCAGUCCUCGUACGGAUGCGCCGAGGAAGCGGUGAAACUGGUUCAAGAGGCAUUGGGUGGUUAUCUAGCGAAAUUAUAGAGUUGUUCUUUCGACCAGUCGUACGCUCUCCGACUCGACGGGAGCAAUGAAGCAGGCAUAAUCUCUCCUC